GGACAUUUGGGCUUGGUCCGCGAUAUCUGGCUCCGCUUUCGAGUUUCGACGCCGCCUCAUAACGUUCCUCGCGAUAUUUUGAAGUUGUUGUUGUUGUUAUUAUUUUUUUUCCGCAUUUAAUUAUUACACCUAUCGGAAUAUUAUUUUUCGCAUUGCGUACGCGUCGUGUUCGUAGUCCGUGCAUUUUGUUUACACCGCGUUCGCUGCGUACGUGCCGUGUACCGUGAUAAGUUCGUUGGUAUUAUUAUUUUUUUACAACACCUAAUCUGUUUUAGAUACGUCUGCUAUGGUGAACGUAAAAUUUUACUUUUUAACGUAGUACAGUAGCUUCUAGUGUUUUUUUUUUUUUUUUAUAUAAUUAUUAUUAUAUAGAUUAUAAUAUUGAUUAUUAUUACUGCACGUGUCGGGUAUCGGGAAUACCAACGAAACGGGACGGUUUGAGGCGAUGGAGGCGGACGAACACCAGGAUGACAACGUCAUCAAAGAUUCCAUUAGCGAUAACGACGAAGAAAAAAACGACAUUGAAAAGGUAAGCGGAGCGUCAACUUACGAACGUAGGUAUGGGCCGCUGGGCGUCGAUUUGUGAGACGCAACGACGAUGACGUGUUGUAGUCUGCAGACCGCUGCCGCCUUGCCUCCCCUCCCCCCCUCAUGACCUUGGCGGAAAAAUCCCAAUUUUCCCGUGGAAACUGCACGUUAGCGUUCUAAUCGUGGAUUGUUAUUAUGAUUGUAAUGUUGUUGUUAUUAUCAUUAGGUGCGGUGGAUUUGGCGGGGAGCUAGCACGCGGGUAGGUGUGUGUGUGUGUUGGUGAACGGGCGAUAUUAAUGGGGGGGAGGAGUCAUUCUUCGACGGCGCGAUAUCGUCGCGUAGCCGGGAAAAUGGGCGGAGGGGCGACGUUUAAGGACGUAACGAAAAGCGUUCGGGACGUCGUCGUACACUCCGCGCGCUCCUCCGGUCAAGGGUGUUUGUCCGUGGUGACGGUGGAAUAAUUGCGGUCCGUGGCGCAGUGGUGGUCGUUGAGGUAGUCUGCUGAAAUUUCAGUCGUCGGGAUUUUUUUACGAGCCCCCCGAAUAUUCUUGACUCGUCGCCUGUAUACAGUAAUGGUAAUUUUGACUCGCUCCCCCUAUUCAUAUCCCAAGGAAAAAAUACCCUCGAUUUUGGUGUGUGGGUUUAUUUGUUGUUUUCGUGUGUAUAUAUACCUACUUACAUAAUUGGUAUGGUAGGUAAUUAUUAGAGAAAUUAUUAUAUUUUCUAUGUAUGAAUGAAUGUUCGUGAUUCACAUACAAUAGCAUCAUUUACAUUAACAGCUUUAAGCCUCGAUUUUUGAUACUGUUACAAAACCCAGGUAGGGAAGGUACUGUUUCACUUAAGACUUUCAUCUGCUCCUUAAAAAUAAACCUAUUAGAAGUGAAACGAAAAAUUGAUUGUACCUAGUUUUGCUAGGAAUAGACACACUGCACGGGAUAUUUUUAUGACCAAAUUAUUAUUCUGUAUGUAUUGCCUGGAACUAGAUAUUAAAUAUUAUUAACCUUCAAAUUCGAGACUAAAUUUCUGUAUUGCUGAAAUAAUAAACUCAAUUUACACUGGAGAUAUCCAUAACUGUCGUAUUAAAUUGUAUUUGUUAUUGAGGAUAUAAAAUUAAAUUUAUUUUGAUAAUUUAACACAAUGUUAUAACGUUAUUAUUAUUAUUAUAGCAACAACAACAACAGCAGCAACAACAACAACAACAACAACAACAACAACAACAACAACAACAACAACAAGACCAACAGCCGACAAUAGUGCAAUUGCACAAUGGUCAACCACACAUCAUUACGCUGGCAAAUUUACAAAACUUAUUGCCUCUGCAGCAAGUUCAACAGUUGACACAACAGAGUCAACAAAAUCAAGCCAUCAAAACUAUAUCACCAAAUGGGACAACAUUACAACCAAUACUUUCUGUUCAGGGUUUGCCCGGUCAAUUUAUUCAGGUAUUAUAAUCUUACCUAAAUAUUGUAAUUUUAUUUUAUUACUUUGCCAUAUAUGUUUAUCAUAAUAUUGUAUUUGAUAAUCAUUUUCUUAUGAUAGCAAAAUAAUCAAACAAUAACAGUCGACGGUCAAGAAGCACUAUUCAUUCCUACAAACACUAACCCUGGUCAAGGGGCACCAACUAUUUUUACACCAACCGGGCAGAUUGUUCGACCAUUACAGACAAUUCAGCUUCAAUCUGGUAUGAUGUGUAAACCAUUAUUGUUAAAAUGUUUGUUUUUAUUUUAUAAGUCAUUCAUUUUGAUAAUUUAGGACAAAAUAUUUCUGUGCGUCAAUCAAACAUGCCGCAAGUAGUACAGUUGCCUUCCGUCCAGCAAACCAUUCCUGUUCAAGUGCCAAUAUCUUCUAACGGCCAAACAUUAUACCAAACAGUGCACUUGCCAAUACAAUCUUUUGGUUCGUCAUUACCAAACAUUAUACAGGCUAAUCAAGGUCAAUUAAUGCAAAUCCCUCAGUUAAUGCAAAUGGCCCAAUCACCACAAAUGGCACAGAUAGUCAAUAGUAAUGGCCAAAUACAGACAGUUCAAUUAGCAUCGCCGAUUGGUAAUGGCCAACAAAUACAGAUAGUAAAUACAUCCAGUGCCAAUAAUCAAUACCCAAAUGCGACCACACCAGCUACUUCGCCAAAUGUUAUGCAUGUAAGUCAUAAUUAUUGUGUUAAUUGGUAUUUAGAAUUUUAUGAUAUGAGUUAAUGUAAAUUAUCUUAUUCAGGCUAGUUCUUCGCCAAAUUCUUCUUCGAGUAGUAAUGAAAAUAGUCCACAACCACAGCCGGUCACCAUUCAAACUCCAACGGGCCAAACUUUACAACUUAUACCUCAACAAAUGUCUCUUGGAAGUAAGAGUCUUUUUAAUUAAUAAAUAAUUUUUCUUUUUAAAUAUUUUAUUUCUAACUGCAUAUGUUUUCAUUGUUUAGAUAACCAACAACAACUGACCGUAAUACCAACAUCAAACCUUCCUCAAUUUUUACAAAACAACAAUAAUGUUACAAUUAGAGGGAACAAUGUUGUACAAGUAUAAUUAUAAUAUUUAAUAUACAUUUUAAUUAUAGCUAAUCAAUUUUUAUAUAUCAAUAGUUACCGGCUGCCCAAAACACAAACCAACCACAAACUGUGAACAUACCAGGAAUUGGAACUGUACAAAUCAUUACUUCUCUUGGAGGACAACAAGGUACAUCUAAUAAUGCCACUCAAACAUUACCGCCCGGACUCCAAAAUAUACAAGUCAUUAAUGCUGGUAUGUGUUAGCAUGUAGUAUAUCAUUAGUAAUUAUGUAAAUAAUUUAAAUUGAUUUUUUAGCAUCCGGCCAGCAAAUAGAAAACAUGGAUCAAAAGUGGCAAAUUAUUCCAAUUACUGCACCAAUGUACCAAGAUGGAAGUUCAGUUACUGAAUAUGAUUCUCCAAGUGAAGAAAAACCACGAACAAGAAGAGUGGCUUGUACAUGUCCCAAUUGUAGUGAUGGAGAAAAACGGUAGGAAUUUAUUAUUUAAAAUUACAAAAUUAAACAAAACCAUGCAUUUUCAAUUAAGUUUUUUCUUAUUUUGAAAUAUUGAAAUAUUGAUUUCUCUCUAUCUCUUUCUCUCUCUCUCUCUCUCUCUAUAUAUAUAUAUAUAUAUAUAUAUAUAUAUAGAUUGGGUUUUUUUUUAAAUAAUAUAAAUAAAAUAGAUUAAAAGAUUUUUUUGUUUUCUUACUUUUAUAGAAAAAAAUAUUAUUUAUUUUUAUAAUUAUAAAUUAUUGAAUUAUUUAUUAAUAAUUGAAGUAAAAAUGUAUUAUUCAUAUUUAUAUAAAUAUAUCUGGUAUACAUCUAGGUAAAAAAUUCUAGAUCUAUAAUAUCCGAGGAAAAAAUAUAAAUGUAUAAUUAAUAAAUGCUCAUUUUAUUCACUUCCAAUAAGAUAUGAUAUUCAUGUACAUAGUAAUUCUUUACUGCUCAGUUACAAUUAAGCUAAUAAUACAAUAUUUAAAAAUCACAUUCGCCAGUAAAUUGUUAAAAUAUUAAAACAUUAUCUGUGAGUAUAUUAAUAGAAAAAUAAUAAUAAAAAAAGGUAAAAUAAUACCUAGUAAUAAAAUAUAAAUAAUUUUGUUUUGUAACUGAGUUGUCAAAAAUUACUUUAAAUGUAUAUGAAUAACAACAUAAUUAUUUAUUACUUAUUAUACAUUUAUAUUUUUAUUUUUUUUUUCGGAUAUAUAUUCCAACUGAAUUAUUUUUUCCUUGGAUAUUAUAGAUCUGAAUAUUUUUACCAUUUGGUAUACUAGGUAAAACAAUGAUACAUUUCAUUAUUUUAAUAAUUAUCUAAAAAUUUUAUUUAUAGUAACGGUGCUGGUAAAAGGGUGCAUAUUUGUCAUGUGCCGGGUUGUAAUAAAAUGUACGGAAAAACGUCUCAUUUGCGUGCUCAUCUCAGGUGGCACACAGGAGAACGGCCUUUCAUUUGUAAUUGGCAACACUGUGGUAAACGGUUCACUCGAUCAGAUGAACUUCAGGUAUACAAUUUUACUAUUAAGUUAAUUAUCCAACAAACCGUACACGUGCAUAUUAAUUAAUUAUAUUUCAAUUAUAGAGACAUAAUCGAACGCAUACGGGAGAGAAGAGGUUUCAGUGUAAUGAAUGUCCCAAACGAUUUAUGCGUAGUGACCAUUUGCAAAAGCAUGUCAGAACACAUCUUAAACAAAAAUUGAUGGUGAGAAAUAGUAUUAUAUUGUUAGGACAAUUUUAUUCAGUUUAAAGAUUUUGAUUAAUAAGUUGUGAAGCUAAAUAAGUGUUCAUGAGUUACUUUCAGUUCUAAUGAUAUUUAUUUACAAUUAUCAUUUGUUAUGAAUUGGUUAUAUUAUAAUAAAGUAUUAUCAUUUGUUUAUUUUUAUAGGACAGUAAUGGAGUUGUAUUAAAACACGAAUCAGAAGUUGAUGUCGAUGAAUUGGGUUUAGAAACUAAACAUCAUAAUAUGAAUACCAUAAUUUUAGAACAGGAUGAUAGUUCCUCAUCCUGUGAAAAUAAAAUGAUUAUUUUACAUGAAGAAACUGUAUAAUUUUUAAAUUUUUUUUUACGUUGGUUAUAAAACUUUUUACAAUUUUUAAAUGUUGGUUAUGUGUAACCCUAGCUCAUAUACUAUGGAUAGAACCACAGUCUAUCUCUUAUGUGUUACAAAAUUGUGCUCUUAUAAACCAAAUACACACUAUAACUGCAUGUAUAAAUAAAUAUGAUAUUUAUAUUAAAUAUCUAUUAUAUUUAUACAUGACAGAAAUAUCUUGCAAACACAAUUGGUAGUUUAUCAAUCAAUAAUUUAAAUAUAAAUCAUAAUUUAAUUUAAAAAUGUAUGUGUGCAGUGAUAGUGUAUAAUUUGACAUAUAGAUAUAUAAUAGCACAAUUUCAUAGCAUGAUGGCUUAUGGAUCCAUAGUUAAUGAUCUAAUUGUGUAACAAAAUUUUUUUUUAUGUCUUUAAUCUCUUAGUUAUUUUAUGUUAGGAUGUGUUAGUUUACUGUUAUUUUUAUAUAUUAUUGAUUAAUAUUUUAUUUUUAUUUAAGUUUUAUGAAACUUAUUACUUUUUAUUUUGUUUUUGUAAUUUGUACAUAUCUAUCAUCAAAUUGUAUUUUGUAUUAUUUUGUAAACCAUGAUGAUAAAAUUAUUGUUACCUUUUAUUUAUGUAUUAUACAUUUUGACAUAUUAUGUCAUAACAAAAUUAUUAUCGUUUGAACUAAAACAAAAGUAAAAAUAAAUAAUUUUAAACAACAACCAAAAAAAUCAUUGUUUUCUCGUAGCAAUGUAAUCCAAUCCAAUAUGUCACAUCCAUAUUAAGUAAUUGAGUUUUCAUCAAUGUCUACCAGAAUUUAAGUUGUUUUAAUGUUCAUGCAAUAGAUGAAUAUAGACACAAAUUGUAUAAAUUUCAUGUAAUGAAAAUCGUUAUUUUAUACAUUGUAUAAUUUUUUUUUUAAAUUUA